AUGGCUUCUCUUAUAACCACUAUCCAGUCAAAGCUGGGGUAUUCAUCCCAGAAGGCCCUUCUCCUCGGUGCUGGCUUCGUCACAAAACCUACAGUUCAAAUCCUCGCAGACGCUGGUGUUGAGGUCACCAUUGCUUGUCGGACGCUCGAAAGUGCCAAACACCUCGGCGAAGGCAUCAAGAACACCCGCCCCAUCUCUCUCGAUGUCACCAACGACGAAGCACUCGACACCGAAGUCGCCAAGGUCGACCUGGUCAUCUCGCUGAUUCCUUAUACCUUCCAUGCCACUGUCAUCAAAUCCGCCAUUCGCAAGAAGAAGAAUGUCGUCACAACCAGCUACGUUUCCCCGGCCAUGCUAGAACUCCAAGACCAAGCCAAGGAGGCUGGAAUCACGGUUCUGAACGAGAUCGGGUUGGAUCCAGGCAUCGAUCAUUUGUGGGCUGUGAAGACUAUUGAAGAAGUUCACAAAGCUGGAGGCAAGGUCACCUCAUUUUUGAGCUAUUGCGGGGGCUUGCCGGCACCCGAAGCCAGCGGCAAUCCAUUAGGCUACAAAUUCUCCUGGUCCAGUCGAGGCGUGCUACUCGCGCUCCGCAACGCGGCCAAAUUCUACAAAGAUGGCAAGGUUGUUGAUAUUCCCGGCCCCGAACUAAUGGCAACUGCAAAGCCAUACUAUAUCUACCCCGGUUUCGCGUUCGUUGCUUACCCUAACCGCGACUCGACCCCAUACCGAGAACGAUACAGCAUCCCCGAGGCACAGACGGUCAUCCGUGGCACCCUACGGUACCAGGGAUUCCCUGAGUUCGUCAAGGUGUUGGUGGACAUUGGCUUCCUCUCAGACGAAGAACAGUCCUUCCUGAAACCCUCAGACAAGCCCAUCACCUGGGCCGAGGCCACACAGAAGAUCAUCGGCGCCACAUCCAGCAAAGAAUCGGACCUCGCAUGGGGCAUCUCGUCGAAGACGACGUUCGCAGACACCCCCGAGAAGGAACGGAUCAUCAGUGGCUUGAAGUGGAUCGGCGUGUUCUCCGACAAGGCCAUCACACCGCGAGGAAACCCGCUCGACACGCUGUGUGCCACUCUGGAAGAGAAGAUGCAGUACGAGAAGGACGAGCGCGACAUGGUUAUGCUGCAGCACAGGUUCGAGAUCGAGCACAAGGACGGCAGCAAGGAGACCCGCACUAGCACGCUCGUCGACUACGGCGAUCCAAAGGGCUACAGCGCGAUGGCCAAACUGGUCGGCGUCCCCUGUGGUGUUGCUUGCUUGAUGGUCCUCGACGGACGGAUCAAGCAGAAGGGCAUCCUCGCUCCAGUCACCUGGGACCUGGCCGAGCCUCUGCUCACCGAGUUGAAGGACAAUUAUGGCAUUUACUUGACGGAGAAGACUGUUGCAUAG